AUGUCCAGCUUCUCUUUCUUUAUUUUCUGCGUCCAAGUUAUCUUGGUUCAGAAUGUUCACGGCGCCUGUCUCGGCGUCGCACCCGCAGCAGGCAAUGACUGUGGAUCGAUUCUAGGCCUUGGUUAUGACUAUGGUACCGGUAUUGGCUAUGGUGAUUGUAUUGGCUAUGGCAAUGGUAUUGGCUAUUGUACCGGCGUUGGCUAUGGUGCCGGUAUUUGCUGUGGUGACGGUAUUGGCUAUGGUGCCGGUUUUGGCUGUGGUGACGGUAUUGUCUAUGGUGCCGGUAUUGGCUGUGGUGACAGUAUUGAUUAUGGUACCGGUAUUGGUUAUGGUACCGGUGCUUGCUAUCGUACCGGUGUUGGCUAUGGCACUGGUAUUGGCUAUGGCACCGGUAUUGGAUAUGGAUAUGGUCUUGGAUACGGUUUCGGAAGAUGCGCCGGCGGAUGUGGAUGUGGUGGCUAUCGUUAUUAA